GGCGACUUCCGUUCCAAGAAAUUGAUCAAGUCAACAGGUCAGUUUUAAGGAGCUGUUUAUUACUCAAGUGUUUCAGUUGCCUCCCAAUGUUUGCAUAGAAAAGAUGGAAAUUCCAGAGUAAAGAACUGCAAAAUAGUCAGCGUUUUUCUCGAUCUAGGAAAAAGUUCUUGCAAUGGAUAUUCAUUUCAGCAAGUUACCAAACAGUCUGAUUGAAAUAUGUGUAGUGGUGGGUAUGGAUCAGGAUACUGGCCUUGUGGCAGCCAGGUCUGCUGAGAGCAAGAAAGCCCCAAAAAGCAGUAAACAACAGUCUCCUCUUUCUCAAACUUUGUUUGAAACCCAUGUACUGGCUGCUUUGUCUGGAGAAGUGGCUUCCUUUUGUUGCACAGCAUUGGAAUUUGAUAGUGAGCCUUAUUAUUCAAAUUUGGGCAUUCUGUGUAGCCCAACUAAAGGUGGAAAUCCAGGAAGGCGUGCACGUAGGGGAUCAGUCAUGGUCAAGGCAGCUGAAUUGCCAUUGGCUCAAGAUGUUAUCAACAGCUUGCCACAAUUUUGUUUUCCUGAUGGGGGUUAUAUUUCUAUGAAAAAGAAACCUGUUGAGUGUCAUUCACUUGUUCUAACAGACAUAGAAGGUAACCGAACAUAUUGUUCCUGCAUGACAUUCUACAGAGGGUUUCUCAUAGAGGAGGACAAAGAUGUACCAGGCAAUUACAAGUUGUUUUAUGCAGAGGAAAAAACUGAUGGACAAGUUGUUCCAGGCUCUUCUUAUCAGUUGUUUUAUGUACCAACAUGUUGCUGUUUGAUUUCUAAAUGGCCUUAUUUCAACAUAAUGAAAGACUGUUUGUCUAGUUUGUUACCACAAGUGAUGAAAAGUGAUCCAGCACUUUUCAGAACAGCUUUAAUGCAGUUUGUGUCACAGCUUGCCAUGGUACCAGUCCCUCCACCAGGUUCUCUUGGAAUAGAAUUCGAGCUCCUUGGUGUUAAACAUCUUUUGCGACCUGCUGAAACUCCAGAAACUCGAGUUGUCAACAUGGAACUUCAUUAUCCGUUCCUUUAUUUCUCGUUGGAUGACAUUCUUCUCCUAAUGAGCUGCAUUUUGACUCAACAACGGAUUAUUUUUCUCUCGUCGUCGUAUUCACUGCUUACUCCAGUGAUUGAGAGUUUAUUCACGUUUAUCCAACCUUUUUCAUGGAGUUGGACAUACGUACCAAUCCUUCCAAGUGCACUCAUAGAUUUAGUAGAGGCGCCUGGUGCAUUUAUUAUGGGAUGUCAUAAAGAACAUAAGAGCAAGAUACUACGGGUUGUCGAGGGGAUGGAUGAGUUGUCCAGCUUUGUAAUUGCUGAUAUCGACGAGGGUUCAGUGACCAGCCCUCCCAGAAUUCAGCGAUUGCCAACCUAUGCUGCAGAAUUGUACAAAUUUAGGAUGAAAAACGCAGUUAUCCACUUUGACCGUCUUCUUGUUCAAAGACAAACAUUCUACUCUUUGCAAGAAUGGAACAACUGCAGAGAUAAGUUCAUAAGAGAUUUCCAACGGCUUGUUUUAGCAUCCAAUUUGGAGAUGAUGUUGAGAAUGUUCAGUGACAUUAAGAAUUUUAUCGUACAGCAAGAAGAUCUUUUCUUUGAUAUGGAUACUUACAUUGAGUCAAAGCCUGCAGAAAACCAAGAUUUCUUUCGGGAGGUGUGCAAGAGUCAAGCAUUUAGCAUGUUUCUUUACGACCUGAUUCACAACUCAGAAAAGGCAGACUACUUUACACUCAUGGCUCAGAAAACCAGGGUUGUUCCAAAGACAGGUCCUCUGAGGAAAAGAAGUUCAUCUGCAUUGACUGUCCCUGUUAUACCUGAAGAGUGUUUUGCCGAUGCACAUGAGGAACUAAGCAUAUUUGCUCUUCCUCCUUUCGUCCGCGGAGGCAUCCACACAGGUCUUUUCUACGAAGAUUACUUGAGGACGUUGAAUUACAAGAUCACUGAUCCUACGAAUAAGUCUUCAGGUCUUCUAGCUAACCACUUGUACUUGCGUGGGAUGUUACGAAUUGCUCGUGGAGAAAAAACCAAGGCCGUGGACGACUUCUUUGGAGUUUCAUCGACAAGUGCGCAGCUCUUCCCAACCUCGACCGUGAAGGAGAUCAUGUGUAAACUGAGCGAUUUAGAAGUAGAGGAGUUAAGAACAAGACAUUUCUGGAGGAAAGCAGAGCGUCUCAGGGUUAACGCCAAGGAAAAGUGGAAUUACAGAAGGGCAAGAAAAGAGGUGGUUACUUCAGCAAUUCCUUCAAAUCCUUUAGCUUUUAAAGAAUUCGUGAAACAUGUAAGCAUGUUACAGAUAGCGAACGGUGAAGAUGCUGGACGAAGACUAUUCCAAGCAUUGGCGAAUAAUUCAACAACAAACGUGAUCGAUCCAGACACGUUUGCCGCAUUUUAUGAUGCUUUAUCCCAGGCUAGCAUGAUGGCCAAGAGUGUUUCAUUACGUAAUAUUGUUUUGGAACGCAACGAGUUUGUACUAAAGAUUUCAAAGCAUAUCAAGACAAAUAAGGGCAUGGGUUGGCUUGUUCUCACAGUCGACAGAUUGUUGUUCCUGCCGGAUGGAACUCAGCAUUGUAUAUCUGUUGUAAGAAAUGACGAAAUAAAGAAUGUGGAGCCGCACUCCGGGGGGGUGUUGUUAGGUGGAGAUACAGCUAUCCGAAUAACCAGCACUGAAAGUGAUCCAGUGUCUUUCAUAGCAUUUGUGAAGGAAGAGAAGGAUUUCUGGCGAAGCUGUUUGCUGGAAAUGAAAGCGGGAUACAACAUUUCUGAUGUUUACAAGGACAAGGAAAUCGUAAAGCAAGCGGCUCAAAACGUCAUCAUGGCGGAUUCUCUCAGACAAAGUGACUACCCGGACCAAGUUGCAAUGCAAGUUCUCUACUUUAGCACGCAGGGCUAUCACAUAGAUAAAUUGACCGAGGCAACUGAAAAGGCGCUUUACAAGAGAGUGAGCCCCUCACCUCAGGACAUUGAGAAACCAACAGUGGAGGCUUUGCUUUAUGUGCGAGGCUCGAAAGGUAGAGAACCAAAGGUCUGGUGCGCCAUGGGCUCUGGUGUUGUUGUCGUGAUAGAUACAAAAGAGUGGGAGCAUGAGACGCACAUGAAACAUGCGAAGGAUAGGGUGAGUUGUCUGUUAGCCGUCGAAGAGAACCAAGUUUGGGCUGGUUCCUUGGAUACAACGAUUUAUGUGAUCAAUACACAAACUGGGAAAGCAACCAGGUUUAAUAUUUUCGUGAUAAAUUACAAGAGAGACGACAAUGAAACCAAAAUGUUAACUCCUAAGGAAGACGGACUGAUGAGCGUGGACACCAUGUGUGCAGUAUCUAAUGAGGAGAUUUGGACAGGGUGUGAUAAAAAGGGCCUUGUCGUUGUCUGGAACACUGCGACCUAUAAAAAUAAACACCAAAUAGUUUGCGAAUGCAACGGGUUCACAUGCAUGCUGAAAGUGGAUUAUAACACGAUCUGGGCGGGGAGUAAAAGUGGUAAAAUCUAUGUGAUAAGUGUCAAGGAACUCCAAGUUACUAUGGAGUUGUCUCUUCACCAGGACCGUGUCCGUUCUAUGUGCCUCACGGACGAGGGACUCGUUAUUUCGGGUCCCGGAUCACGGGACGGGCGCAUUGCAGUGUGGAAAUCUCAUCUAUCUGAAGAGCGCCCUGCCAUACAGCGCUUUAGUCACGAGCGUCCAAGACGUCCCAAACAGAUACGUAGAGAAGUAACCGUUUGUGAUAAUGAAGAUGGCUUCGAACUUGUUUGCAGGAAAUAGACAGAGAACAUCGACGUGGAUUACAACAAAACCCGCGCCAAACUGUCACGUCCGACAUACCAAGGGAAAAAGGAAAAAAGCACUCAAUGAAAUCUUGCUGUCAGAAUUGACAAAGCUUUACAAAUGAAUAAAGCCAUGUAAUUCUUUUUAA